CUGUGACUGUGAGUCCAACGUCAACAGGAAGAGAUUCUCACUUUCGAUUUGUCUCGCGGGGCAGUUUGGAUGGAUAUAACGUGUAAAUACACGAACUUUAUCAUUACUAAGACAUACUAAAGGGAAAACCAUGAAGAUACUCGUGUGCGCUUUUCUUGUAGCUCUGCUCUCCCUCUCGUCUUCAAAAGAUCAACAUGCUUCACCCAAGGUUGAGGUGUACAGCCGACUACCGGGAUAUUUUGGGGACCCGAACACCUUAAUCUGUCACGUGACUGGCUUCCACCCACCAGAAAUCAAAAUUGAGCUACUCAAGAACCAACAGGUUAUCCCCCAAGCCAACCAGACGGACCUGGCCUUCGAGACGAACUGGCACUACCACCUCACCAAACACGUCCUGUUCACCCCACAAAAAGGAGAAAUAUUCGGCUGCAGCGUGACUCACAUGGGGGUCACCAAGAUGUAUAUCUGGGAACCGGACAUGUAAGCUGUGCUCUUCGCCUUGCUACAGGUCUGCUCAGUCAGGAGAUGAAGCUUGGAAGGAUUUGCCUAGAUUUGGCUUUUCAUUGCAAAAGUUUUAGUUUCGGCAAAUAAAAGACAACCAAAGACAUUUUGCAAAUCUUACUUAAUCAGAAAUACCAAUGGACAAUAUUGCUUGAUUAAAGAGUAACUAAACCCCAAAACAACUUUAGUCCUGAUAAAACAACAUUUAAAUUGGAUUAAAUUUGUCAAUGGAUUCAAGAUAUUUUCUAACUUCUUUCUACAUAUUGUUUGAAGCCCGGGUGUUGUUUUAUAUUCUGUAACUUUAGCAUGAAAACAUGGUGGAAUGACCAAACUAUCUUACUAACUGUCUGAUCUUUUUUUUUUAGAGGUACUUUAGCUGAAGCUAUGGGGUUAAGUUACUCUUUGAAGUUCACGUAAGCAACAUAUCCUGAAAAUAUACAAGGUAUAGGUUAAAAAAUUCUUUGUUGACGUCUCCAAAAUAUUCGGCAUUGAGGAAAUGUACAAGCCAUUUUUAAUACAUCGACAUGGAUUACAUGGAUUUGGGCCUUGCAGCUGGAAACCCACAAAACAGGGCUAAAAACCUGUAUGAUUAUGAUUUUGCGCUGGUGAAUAUAGAUGUUUAGUUUGCUCUUCUGUGCUCUUCUUUGAUGGUUGAUCUGUAAAGGCUAAAGUUAUUUUUAUCUUAAGUGCUCUGUAAUUAUUAACACAACUGAUCUUAUGAAAUCGAGGAUUAAGCUUUUAUUUUCCAUUCAGAAUGACUUCAAAACCUCGUUGAUAGCAUUUCUACUAGUAGAUAUCAGUAUAACAUAUUUGCUUUGGAUACGCUCUGUAUUUCUAUUUUACACAAUAUGGUUGAUUUAAUAAAAUAAUAAUAAUAAUAAUAAAA